GGGGCAUUUCUCUCUUCCGUCUCACUAACAGUUUCUUCCCCUGCUCAUUAGGUAGCGGAACCACCCGAUUGGCCGGACUUUUCAAGCAUCAAUUCUGCUCAGUUCAUACAAUCAAUCCUUCUAUCAAUCUCAAGGCGUCAUCUCAACUCGACAUUCAACGCGAUCAAUCCUCUUUUGCUUCCAAUCAACCAACCAACAACUGUCACCAGAAAUGGCCUCUUCUCCACCCUCGCUACGCUCUCUCUACCGCUCCCUUCUUCGCGAGCUACCACCUCGACCAAUCCUCGCCUCACCACGCUCUCCUCUUCACUCCCGCCUUCGAGAUUCCUUUUCUUCCAGCUCCAAGGCGGCGACAUCGCAAGACGCCCGCGCCCGCGCCGACGCCGCUGCCCAGGCCAUCGCAUAUCUUCGAUCCCAGCGCAUGUAUGCCACGUUACUCGAGCGUUAUAACCCUGGUAUGGGUAUGGAUGAGGAGGAGCGUGUUCGCUUAACUGCUAGGAGGGUCGGCAUGGAUUUGCCAGUCGAGUACAAGUAAAGGAUUCACGGCGAAAUUGAAAUGAGAAAAGAGACGGGAGAAGGGAGAAGCGGAUGCAAAAGGGCUUCAAAGGCCAUGAAUCGUCAAAGUGAAACGGACCAUGACUUAUCGACCCAUCGAAUGAAUCUAAACACCACCAAGCGGUUUCCAACAGUGAAUCUGCAGAUGGGAAAAUAGGCCAGAUGGCAUCCGGCACUCAAGAAAAUGGCAGUGGAGAAAAUGGCUGAGAUUCAGCCCAAACCCUUCCUUCAAUGUACGAACAAGUGUAUGGAACAGAACGGAAAAGACACAGAUGCAAUACCCGAGCAUCAUUCGAUUAUAAGGAACAACCAUAUCAUCAUCAUAUCUCAUAUAAAAGGACAUCUUUGGUCCAGGAUCAACAAAUUAUAUACAGAAUAAUAGCGUUUCCAAUCAUCAAGCCCAUUUGGCUCAGGGGUAUCAACUUCUACUCACUUCGCCUCACUUCACCUCACUUGGCCUUCUAGACACUGCCCACACCUCUGUCUUCGAGCGACUCAUCCCAGCCACCCAUUUGCAACAGCCACUCUCCCAGGCGCUCUUUCACGAGCGUAAUGUUAUCGCCUAAUGCGCUCUUCCAUUGAUCUUGAACGAGACGGACCUUUUCCUUCAAAUCCUCGUAUUUCCGGAAAGUCGGUAAGGGGUCAGUACAACCUCGCAAUAUCGACCGUUGCGGUCCGAAAGAAGAUCGUAGAUGGCACGGUAAAGACUCUCUCGUGCCUCGAAGACCCAUUUAAGCAGCGUCAAUUUUUCCAGAAGUUCUGGUCUAUCAUCGCCCUCCUCCUGUGGCAUGUCCGCGUCUAUCUGCCCGUUAUCGAAUAGAUGUCGGGCUAGAUCGUCAAACAGCUCUGUGGCACUAGAGAUACGCCCUGUCAGUAGUUCGUUCAAAGGCAGUACCACCUGAUUCUGGAACAAUUCGUAUUCGGACUUUUCCAAGUCCUUUUUCUUUGUUAUCUCGCCGGCCUUUGCAUCAGCAUCAAUAGCUCCUGCAUCAGCAUAACUCAAGCUGCCAGCAUUGAUCUCAUUCUGCAAGUUUGUACGCAAAGCUUGCCGGCGCUCAGACGCUGCUUUGGAAAAUUGCUCUCGACGUUUAGUGCUUUCGACAGUGAACCGUUCCUUCGUUUUGGCCAAUUCAUCGAGUUGACUCAGAGCUCUCACAGCUGUUCUGAUGGAUGUCAACUCAGGAUGUUUGUUAUUGACAGCGGGGUGGUGUCUUGGAUAAGGAGGAGGCAUAGUGACAAGGCGGGAAACAUCCAAGUGGUCGCGGUUGAUCGUCGAACAGGGACUAGAGCCCAUGUUUGAUGUGGUGGCGAAGCCAAAUUGUUGAGGAGUCAAGUUGGGCUCCGACGGAUCAUGCCAGCCUGUCUUUUCAGGAGGAUACUCGGAUGAAGAGCCUGGCUCCUCGUAUACUACAGACGGCUGGUCCUCCUCGACCCACUGUGUUUUAGUUACGCCCAUAUACUUCGACUCUCUCUUGGAACGUCCGAGAUGGGAAGCUUCGCCUUGCGAAUCUGACUCCCACCAACGGCUCGGAGGACGACCCCGUGAGCUGCCAUUUUCAUAGUUUUCGCUGACGCUCAUACUCAAAAUUGGCGAUAACGAGGGCAUAUAAUUGCUGGACCAGUUCACAUUUGGUGGGUUGUUCCCGCUCGGCGACGUCGGGACAUUGACUGUCUUAGAGGCAGACUGAGGACUUUCCCCCAAAUUCGAACCUAUAGAGCCUCGACGAGAAGGCCCUGGCUCAGAUAACCCAGGAGUCCACUGAUCUUGCGAAGAGGCUGACUCUCGCCUGUGGCUGACCAUCGGCCGAAAUAAGUCGCGGGUGAGGUCAAAGAUCUCGGAGCCCAUAGCCCCAAUAGCGACAGAAUAUCGUUCUCGUCUGAUCCUUGAUUCGUUGACAACAAAGUCGGCGAACAUACGCACCCUAUCCGCGUCAGUAGCGGCUCUCGAUUCUCUAAUCGCAAAUUCGCGGAACCGAUCGAUAGUCCCUUCUUCAAACUGAUCGGCAGUUUGAGUCGUAACCACAUGUUUCGAUACCAACAUCCCGGCGGAAGGGGGCCGAGAAGACUCCCUGACCCUCGAGACUGAUGCCACGGAUCCGGAUCUAGGAGGUGGGGUAGGGAGCGCUUUUGGAGCAACAACCUUUGAGCUGCUGGCAUAUAUUGGUUGCUUAGAAGCGUUGGGGGAGAAAGGGGGGGUUUCCGCUUCCUGAGGCAGCUUCCCUGAUGCUGGGGCUCUAGGGGUCGAGUUUCGAGAGUCUUGCGAUGCGAGUGCGCCACUCACAGGGGUCGAUUUACUGAUUGAUGUCCGUGACAGAUCAGUGGUAUUUGGUACCAUUAUGUUGGCCAUAGACUCGGGUCGAGUCCGUUCAUCUAUAGAGCCACGGACACUAUGUCGGGUCCGACUCUCAGCCCUUCGUUGCAAAAUCGUUUUAUCAUGUCUAACUGCCUUUUGCCGAUUGAGCCCGCCAAUACUCGAUGAGGACCCCAGAGCAGGUUCAACAGGUUGGGUGGAUGGUAGCGACGUGUCAAUCCUGAGACCCGGUGAGCGGCUUCGGUUUGAAGGACCUGGUUGACUUCCCGUCUCGCUCCAAUCUGCAGGUGUUGGAGGAACAGGACCGAGUUCUGUGACACCGGUAGGUGGUCGGCGUCUUUUGGUAGGAGGAGAUAUGAUGGGCACUGUAUUCCUAUCUAUUGAUUGUACGCUUUGCGACCUGCUUGAAGCAGGUGGGGGCCCUGGUGGCGGAGGUGGGAGAGGCAUGCCUGGUUCCCAUCUGGUUUGAGACGCUGAGCGUGAGCGAGCAGAUGUGGGUGUCUCCACGGCUCCUGCAGAUACGGCUCUUCGAGCCGCUGGCGGCCCAUGAAUCAUGGGACCAGUCAUCCCAUGCUCGGGAGUAGGUUGAUGAAACGAAGUUUGUACGAUCAUGCUCUGUCGAUGGGCUUGAGGAGGCGGCGGCUGAGGUGGAGGAGUACUAGAGUUGUCCAUAUCUCUACGGCGGCUCAAGGAUGGCAGAAAGCGGCGAUCUCGUGAACCAUUUCGCCCAUUUACACCUGGCGGAGGAGGAGGAAACGAUGCAUUGGCUGGUUCAGGCGAAGGCCGAUGCACCAUUGUGCUAAGUCGAGGCGGUGGAGUCGGAGUACCAGCUGGUGUAGAGUCGAAGACGGUACUCAUGGGACGCUGCUGUUGACUUCUAGGCGGACUGUAUGGCGGAGGCGGCAUUGGCGACACUGAUGCAUGUUAGAACGCUGGCAACAACAUGAUGUUUAGUUAUUAAUCACUUGCCUUGGACUUCGCCAGCAUAUUGAACGGCGCGCUCGGCGACAGCAGCCUGUGUGGGAACCCAUUCUUGGGGGUUGUAUGGCUGUAUGCUACUGCCAGGUGUUUGGACAGCGGAGUGAAAAUGACUGGAGCUCAUGGACACGGCAGAUAUGGGCGUAUGUAGAGGGUUGUUGAAGGCACCUACAGACGAUGUCGUGAGAGGAAGAAGGCCUUGCCGGAGUCGCGCCGCUUCGUGAGAAGUCAUGAUGAAAGAUCAGAGGGACCAAGCGACUAUGGACUAAGAAUUCACUCGAGCGCUAGGUCCAGGGUCCCUGUUUCAAGCCACAACACCAAAAGAUGAGGGAAGUCUAACUUAGAAACAGCUGGGUAUCGUGUCAGGGCUGUCUCUUUGGUCGGUUGGUUCUGGUACGUGGGGUGCUAGGGAUUGGAUGGAUCCGCGGGGUGGGCGGCGCGUGCGAGCAGCAGCCCAGCAGCAGCAGUAGAGUGAGUCGAUGCUCAGGUGAGGAUCGAAGCAGCCGAGACUAUUUUGAGACGACAAGGAAUAGGUAUGACUAUGAUGACUCUCGAUCUGGCCUGGCACAGCACAGCCGGAAGAGAGACCCGACAGAGAGACGUAAGUGUGUAAGUAGGUAUUGGACGUUGCAGGUGAGGCUCUGUGUGUGUAAAGGACGCUGCAGCUUGUCGAAGUUGGUCAAUUGACACGGAGGUAACGAAUAUCUCUCAUCAAGCCAUUCACCGUAGCUGCGGUGAGGACGAAGAGUACGUCCCCUAAUGCGCAAGCAACCAACCAACCAAAUAAGAAACAGAGAUGUGAUUGAGGAUUGGACUGCCCUUGGAUGUGAAAGGUGAAAAGAGAGAAAGUGGUUGGGAGAGGGGCUCUGUAAAGGGAAAUGGAUGUACAGGUCGCAGUUGGAGUAGGUACUAGGUAGGUAUGUAGUAGCAGGAGAUAGACCCCUGCAUACAAGUCAAGUCAGUUCACCUUUUACGGCAAGAUGUUGAAAUCACGACACCUCUUUUUUUUCUGGCGGUGUCAGCGGGAG